AUGGACAGAGGCAUGUCUGUGUCUCUGUGGUGUGAGGAGGUGGAGGAUAACAAGAGUCAGGACCACAGCCAAACUGAAACACAAGCCCAGGGCGGCUACAUGGUGGGCUCUUCUCAGCUGCGAGCCGCCUGGGACCCCACUGUGUCCGGGCAUCGUGUGAUCCAGAGGUUGCUUCAGGUGGAGGAGAGGUACAUGCCCUCCAUACUCUACAUCACCCUCAUCCAGCGGGAGCCAGAGCGCAGGGAGGAGCUCUCUAAAUGGGCCCUGGAGGUAUGCUGCGAGUGUGGCUGUGAUGAGGCAGUGUUCCCUCUGUCUGUCUCUCUAAUGGACAGGUUCCUGUCGGCCACUUUGUCUCUGCCUGUCUCGCCAUACUGCCUAGCUGCAGGCUGCAUCCUCAUCGCCUCCAAACUCUCAGAGUGUGACAAUGUCACUGCUGAUACUCUCUGUGCUGCAGCUGAGUACAGCUUCCAGCCUUCAAACCUGCGGGAGAUGGAGCGUCUCAUCCUCGCCACCCUCCGAUGGGACACGGCAGCAGUGACUCCGCAGGACUUCUUCCCACAUUUUCUUGCCUGUGUGGAGGAGCGAGGAGACGGAGACAGUGGUCACUCUGAGGAGGGGCUGCUGCUCUCCACCCUGCGGCGGCACUGUGACACGCUGGCCGCCAUGUGUGCGUGUGACUCCCGCUUCCUAGGAGCAUCACCGUCCCUUGUUGCUGCAGCGACACUGAAAUGUGCUCUGCGGGGCUUGGGCAACAAAGGACCGGCUCAGAUGGCUGUCUUGAGUGCAGCACUAGCGGAGCUUUGUAAGGCUGACCUGGCAUUGCUACAGUGCUACAGUGACAUGAUCGAAUAUGCCCUCCGACAGCGGCUGAGGAGCGGACUGCAGCAGGGCCCCAUGGAGAAGGAUGAGGAGGUGGAGAACGAAAGAGCCGGGACACCUACUGACAUGAGAGAUAUUGAUUUUUAAACACUGGAUCGACUUUUAUAUUGAAAGUGUGAAUUAAUCAAAACAUAUUUUAUCAAAUUGUAUCAGUCAAACUGAUAUAUGCUGAUCAUGACUCGAAAUGCUCUGACAUGUUUUGAUAUUCUUAAAUUAUUU